AUGCUACCAUUCCUUCCUCAGGAAGAGCCCUGGAACCAAGAAAUGGAAGUGUUUGGCGGUGGUGGCGGCGGGGACUGCGGCGUGAACAGCAGCGAGGUGCAUGGUCUUAAAAUGGUUGAUGAACCCAUGGAAGAAGAAGCAGAUUCUUAUCAUGAUGAAGGAGUUGUUAAAGAAAUCCUUAUUACUCAUCACGUUAAGGAAGGAUAUGAGAAGGCAGAUCCUGCACAGUUUGAAUUGCUCAAAGUUCUUGGUCAGGGAUCAUUUGGAAAGGUUUUUCUUGUUAGGAAGAAGACUGGUCCUGAUGCUGGGCAGCUCUAUGCAAUGAAGGUGUUACAAAAAGCUUCUUUAAAAGUUCGAGACAGAGUUCGGACAAAGAUGGAGAGGGAUAUACUGGUAGAAGUACAUCAUCCAUUUAUUGUCAAAUUGCACUAUGCCUUUCAGACUGAAGGGAAAUUAUACUUAAUAUUGGAUUUUCUCAGGGGAGGAGAUGUCUUCACAAGAUUAUCUAAAGAGGUUCUGUUUACUGAGGAAGACGUGAAAUUCUACCUUGCAGAACUGGCCCUAGCUUUGGAUUAUCUGCACCAAUUAGGAAUUGUAUAUAGAGACCUGAAGCCAGAAAACAUUUUGCUUGAUGAAUUAGGACAUAUCAAGUUAACAGAUUUUGGACUCAGCAAGGAGUCAGUAGAUCAAGAAAAGAAGGCUUACUCAUUUUGUGGUACAGUAGAGUACAUGGCUCCUGAAGUAGUGAAUAGGAGAGGCCAUUCCCAGAGUGCUGAUUGGUGGUCUUUUGGUGUACUUAUGUUUGAAAUGCUUACUGGAACUCUGCCAUUUCAAGGUAAAGACAGAAAUGAGACCAUGAAUAUGAUCCUGAAAGCAAAACUUGGAAUGCCACAAUUUCUUAGUGCUGAAGCACAGAGUCUUCUAAGGAUGUUAUUCAAAAGAAAUCCAGCAAAUAGAUUAGGUACAGAAGGAGUUGAAGAAAUAAAAAGACAUCUUUUCUUUGCAAAUAUUGACUGGAAUAAAUUGUAUAAAAGAGAAGUUCAACCUCCUUUUAAACCUGCUUCUGGAAAACCAGAUGAUACUUUUUGUUUUGAUCCUGAAUUUACUGCGAAAACACCCAAAGAUUCUCCUAGUUUGCCAGCCAGUGCUAAUGCUCAUCAACUCUUCAAAGGAUUCAGCUUUGUUGCAACUUCCAUUGCAGAAGAAUAUAAAAUCACUCCUAUCACAAGUGUAAAUGUACUACCAGUUGUUCAGAUAAAUGGUAGUGCUGCACAGUUUGGUGAAGUAUAUGAAAUGAAAGAGGAUAUUGGUGUUGGUUCCUAUUCUGUUUGCAAGCGAUGCAUACACACAACUAACAACAUGGAAUUUGCAGUUAAGAUCAUUGACAAAAGUAAGAGAGACCCCUCAGAAGAAAUUGAAAUUUUGAUGCGCUAUGGACAACACCCCAACAUUAUCACUUUAAAGGAUGUCUAUGAUGAUGGUAGAUAUGUUUAUCUUGUUAUGGAUUUGAUGAAAGGAGGAGAGCUACUUGAUCGUAUUCUCAAACAAAAGUGUUUCUCAGAACGAGAGGCUAGUGAUGUACUGUAUGUAAUAACUAAAACAGUUGACUAUCUUCAUUGCCAAGGAGUUGUUCAUCGUGAUCUUAAACCUAGUAAUAUAUUAUACAUGGAUGAAUCAGCCAAUGCAGAUUCCAUAAGGAUCUGUGAUUUUGGGUUUGCAAAACAACUUCGAGGAGAAAAUGGACUACUCUUAACUCCAUGCUACACUGCAAACUUUGUAGCACCUGAGGUUCUUAUGCAACAGGGAUAUGAUGCUGCUUGUGAUAUUUGGAGUUUAGGAGUCCUUUUUUACACAAUGCUGGCUGGCUAUACUCCAUUUGCUAAUGGCCCUAAUGAUACUCCUGAAGAGAUACUGCUGCGUAUAGGUAAUGGAAAGUUCUCUUUGAGUGGUGAAAACUGGGACAAAAUUUCAGAUGGAGCAAAGGAUUUACUUUCCCAUAUGCUUCAUAUGGAUCCACAUUUGCGGUACACUACAGAACAAGUAUUAAAACACUCAUGGAUAACCCACAGGGACAAAUUGUCAGGUGAUCUGCCAAAUAGAAACGAUGUGUCACAUAUCAUUAAGGGAGUGGUAGUUGCUACGUAUUCUGCUCUGAGUCACAAGACCUUUCAACCAGUACUAGAACCUGUUGCUGCUUCAAGUUUAGCUCAACGACGGAACAUGAAAAAGCGAACAUCAACUGGGCUGUAAGAUUUUCAGUGAUUCUCAGCCAGACUGGAUGAAGAUAAAAUUAAAUAUGUGACUUUUUGUUUAAAUGUUUACCAAAAGCAUAUUUUUCAGCUACAGUACUUGAAUAUUCUGUGUAACCCCUGUAUUGAGGGAAGUAGGACUGAAAAAAACAACAACACAUACACAUGUCCACAGUAUUCAUAUGUUAUUGUUUUGCAGUAAUGUCCAAGUGUUAACAUAUAAUUGGUAUAUUCAAAAAGGUUCCAACAACUUCUAUGCACACUAACUUCUAAAAUUAUUUUCAAAUGAAGAUACCGUAAUA